AUGGAUGAAGCGUACGUAACUUUGGUGACAAACGACGCCUAUGCAUUGGGUGCUCUAGUGCUCGGGCAGUCGCUGAUCAAAGUGGGCACAAAUCGCUCGCUGCACUGCAUCGUUACGAACGCGAUCGCACGCAUCUACACGCACGUGACGCUGGUGGAUGUGUUGGACAGUGGCGAUGAAGCGCACCUGGCGCUCAUCAAGCGACCCGAACUCGGAGUCACGUUCACGAAGCUGCAUUGUUGGCAACUGACUCAGUACCGGAAGUGCGUGUUUUUGGACGCUGACUGCCUCGUAAGAUUCAUUUCGUUUCACACUGGCAGACCGACCGCUUAUGCUAUUAUCGCUACAUUCCAUCCAGUCCCGAAAUCCAGACGCUGCGUUAUGUACAUUUAA